CAUGAACCAAAAUGGCGUCUCUUGUUGCUAGUCAAACGUAAACAAAGACAUUUAAAGGCAAUUGAUCUUGAGCAUCCCUGAUGGGGUGUGGGAACAGUACAUCAAGCCCUGGAGAAGACCUGGGGAAGAAGGGAGAAGGCAGGAAGAAGGGAAAGGAGCUGGAGAAGAAGGAAGAAGACCUGGGGAAGAAGGGAGAAGGCGGGAAGAAGGGAAAGGAGCUGGAGAAGAAGGAAGAAGACCUGGGGAAGAAGGGAGAAGGCAAGAAGAAGGGAAAAGAGCUGGAGAAGAAGGAAGAAGACCUGGGGAAGAUGGAUGUGAAGGCAGAUCAAGAACAACAUAGUCAACUGCACAAUAGCCACCAAACGUUGCAAACAUCACCAAGUAAACAAGUACCUCCUACAGGGCAAGCUCAAAAUAAAACUUCCAAUGCCAAUACACCUACGCCAGAACCCACAUCAGAAAUAAAAACACAAGAAAAGGAACAUGCAGUUCCUAAAAAAACAACAGCAGAAGAAAAACAACAGCUUGAAGGAAAUCUAGCUAUGUCAAGUUCACCAAGAAAGACACCUAUUCAGGGUGCUUCCCAGGGAAAGACAACUCUAGAAGCUAAGAAAAUUGAGAGUGAGGCAAAUGAGAGUUAUCUCCCCCUGGAGCCUGAAUCACAGCGACAGUUUGAUGCAACGUUGCAAUGUUGUUGUUUGUUGUUGACUCCAGACAGUGUUAUGAAUGCAGUAGAUAAGAAUGUCACACGGUUACAGCUGCACAAUGCUUUGCCCUCAACACAUUCCGUGUUUCACUUGGUGAAGAAACUUCAAAAUUUACAGGUAUUGGACCUCUCUGGCAAUAAUCUUGGCCCCCAAGGUUUCCGGAGCGUUUGUUUGGCAAUGUGUUCCAACACUUCAGUCAUCAGCCUCAACCUCGCAGACAACAGAUGUGACACAGACAGUGCUGAGUGUGUAGGGAGACUGGUGGCUCACAAUACGUCUCUAGUGUACCUGGACGUCUCCAGUAACAAUCUGGGAAAGGAUUACUUUUCUCGCUGUGUCGGACCAGCUCUCAAGUCCAACUCCACUCUACAAACACUGAGGGCGAAGAGCAUUGGCUCCACCAACAUGAAGGUGCUGCUGGACGUCCUGGUGGACAACACCACGCUGACCAACAUAGAUCUAAGCAGCAAUGGGCUGUCCGACCGGGCCAGUCUUGGCACAGCAUUCUCUCACUGGAUCAAGAAGCCAUUCUGUUGUCUCACCUGUGUCUCACUCAGCAGCUGCGAGAUGAACCCUGCCAGCCUGUCUCUUCUGUGUGAUGCCAUGUCGCACAACACCAGUCUCACUGAAAUUAAUCUCAAUGGCAACGAGUUUGGCAGUCUCAGGCUUGUGGCGAGGUUCAUCGCAUCUGCGUGUAAUCAGGGAAAAGUGAGGAAUCUCCACCUCAACGAUGCGAGAGUCACUGACCAAGCUGUCUCCGUACAAGAUCUGCCGGAGCAGCCAGAUCCUUCAUCUGUAUCCCCAGCACUGCAAGUUCUUAGUCUACACUCCAGCAACGUCGCCAACUCACUAUUCUCAGUACUCAGAGAGUGGUCAAAAGGGAGACAACUCCACAUCACGGACCUUGAUGUCACCAACAACCAAUCACUUUCACCAGAUUGUGUGGAACACAUUAUCAGUAUGACUUCAGAUUCAUCUGGUCACAGUUCUAUACAGAGGUUUUCCUAUGGAUUGAACAGCUCAGAUAGUCUGCCUCAGAAGCUGAACAUCAGUUCUCUCCCUUGCCUUACUUACCUCAACCUGAGGAAGGCCAAGAUUUCUGCUGCAAGGAUUGUUGAAAUAUGUGGGGGAUGUCUAUCUGCGGAGUCAGUGCUGUCCAUGUUGGUGUUGGAUGGCCUCAAGCUUGCUGGUACAGACGUGGUGCCUCAGUUGUGUGGUCACCUGAAACAUUCCAAGGUAACGACCUUGAGUUUUGGUGGGUGUUCAUUGGCUGAUAGUGACCUCUCACCCCUUUGUGACCUUAUCGGUCAAGGUCAUCCAAUCCACAUGCUCAAGCUGUCAGCCAAUCGGAUCACUGACACAGGAGUGAGGGCUGUCGUGGAGUCUCUUCUGAAGCAGACACCACAUCCUCUCGGAGUUCUUGAUCUCUCGAACAACACGAUCGGCAGUGAUGGUGCUGCAGCUCUCAGUGAGCUGUACCUUACAAAGACACAUCAGUCGUCUCUGCACAGUCUCAACCUGGCAGGCAACACUAUUGGUAAAGAUGGAGUUAUCUCCCUUAUCUCCGUGUUGGGUGGAGGGAGGUGUUUGAAGACGGUCUACCUCAAUGGCCAGCGCGAUGCUAUAAGCGAGGUGGACAUGGAGGAUGUAUAUGGGAGACUGGCCACGACUCUGGGUUUUAAGGUCUGUAAAGUGGGUGACAAUUUUCAGCCCAACAGCAGUGAUCUCCCUUCCUUACCAGAAAACCUUAUAGUCAACCUGAAACACCUUGGAGGACAGCCAGGGUCACUGGGGAAGCUAUUGCACUCAAGUGCUAUUGUAACAGACACUACACAGGAUCUGCUGACUGGCCUCACAAUGUCAGGAGUUCUAGAGAUCAGUGCAGCACUCAAAGGUCUGGGUUCCGCUGAGUGUGUCAUGUCUGCAGAGGAGUGGAGCCUCAUCACCGGCGCCAACAAAGACAGAGAAGUGCCAUCAUGGCUACAGCUGCCUGAUCACCGAGAGCGGGCGGGGUACCUAUGUGGUCUCCCUGGCAAUGUGUCAGUGCAGAAGUUGGAGGGGAUGCUGGAGAUGGAGGCUGACUGCAGCGUGGAGGAGGUUGUGCUCAUCAAGGAUCCAGUGACAAAAUCCAACACUGGAGUAGCGUGGGUGUUGUUCUCUGAUGGAGUCUCCGUCGACAAAGCCAUUGACUUCUACCAUCAGGGAGAGGCGAAAAUAUUUGGUCAGCCAUUUUCCAUCUCUCGGAUAUGCGUCAAGAUUGAUGAUGAGAUGAACUUGGCACUGGAAGCAAAAGCAAGACAGGACCAAGAGACCCGCCUCCAGGCCCGCCGUGCGGAGGAUGCAGCUCACCGGGCCCUCAUCCUGCAGAACACAGAGGAGUCGUGGAAACGUCACGCCUACCGCCUCGCUCAUCCGGCAUACGCCGACGGCAGGAUUUGGUGAUGAGGGUCGUAAGCGACAACUAUGCUUGGUUAGGUGAUAGGGUUGCCAGGCUCGCUGACUUGGUUGAUGCAUGUCAUUUUAUCACAAUAGCGUUGAACGAAGCUCAUGGUGGCAAUCACUGGAUUGUCUGGUCCAUACUCGAUUAUGUACUGACCGUCGUCAUAUAGCUGGAAUAUUGCUUAGUGCGGCAUUAAACAACAAACAAACAAAUGAAUAGUACAACUGAUCUGUUGAAAGCAGUUUUCGACUAAACUCUCCUACUCAUACUUUUCAGCAGUGCUGAUAGGUGUAUGUAUCUACUCCUAUGAAAAUAAAUGUGGUUUGGUAGCCUUGUGGUAAAGGUGGUCACUCGUCACACCGAAGACCCGUGUUUGAUUCCUGACAUGGGUACAAUGUCUGAAGCUAAUUUCUGGUGCCCCCUGCAGUGAUGUUGCUGGAAUAUUGCGAAGAGCGAUGUAAAUCCACACUCACUCACUCACACUAGUAUGAAGUGAAAGUUUACUUCCCAUCCUGUAAUAACCCCUGUUAGCAUUCACAAGAUUCGGUAGUGAUCCAGUUGUUGGACCGCCUCCGUCGUCUAGUGGUAGAGCGUCCGUCCAGAGAGUGGAAGGUCUGUGGUUCAAUCUCUGGCCACGUCAUACCAAAAGACGUUAAAAGAUGGUACUUGUUGUUACCUUG